GGUUUCCAAACAAAUCAAGGAGUUGGGAAGUUUGUGUGACAGAAAUGAGAGGUGUGCACAAGCAGUAUCAUUAAUAAAAAUCUGCCAUUUAUAAGGAACUUGCAAGUAAAUGUGUUCUUCAAGUCAGAUGUGAAUCAAGACAUGUCCCACACUACUGAUGACACCAAAGCUCAUACUGAAAAUGUUAUUCAGACUGUGUCUCCUGUGCAAGAGGCUGUCACAGUGUGUGUGAGCACAGAGAUCUCAGAUGCCUGUAUGAGAAAACCCCUUGAAGGAUUUACAUACUGUAGUAAAAAUGAAGAGCUGGAAAAGACUUUUGUGUUAAGACAGAACUUUGUGCAUUUUCCUGAUGUCUUUUUGAAACUUCAAGUCUGUUCCCUGGAAAAAGUAUUGGAAUUUUUGACCUGUGCUUUACCUCAGAUUUCUGUUAGGAUGGAGGAGUUGAAAGGUAUCUACUGGCUUGCUGUUGGCAAUUGCAAAAAACCUGACCCAGAUCCUGCUUGCUUGCUUUUGUUCAGCUCCAUUCUGUAUGUUGUUUCAUCAGCUGAACAAGACACCUGCCAGAGUUCCUUGGCACUGCUUUGUGAGGUUCCUAUUGACUCUAUAAAGGAGAUUCAAGUUGGCUUUGCUGGACAGAGUAUUAAUCUUCUGUGUUCUGCUGAAGAUGGUUUACUCACAAUAUUUACCUAUGACAAGCACGUCACUCAAAGAAUUUGCCACGACAUAAUGAGCAUUUUGAUUUCUGCAGUGGAUGAUGAUGCUUAUUUAAAUCACCAGCUCUUGAAAGAUGAUUUGAUUCAGAUUUCACUUAACUGGACUUCAGAUGUAAAUGACUUGGUUUUUUCAAACGGAGUGCGAUUGUCCUGUAAAUUUCAAACUGAGUUAGCUGAUCUGGUUUACUUACUCCAUGAAAAUAUGGGAAGUAUUAAACCUUCAUUAGGUGACAUUCGUGUACUGCUAUAUACCUCAGUGAAAGUAGACUGUGCUGAGCAGACUGUGUAUAGAACUCUUGUUCUUACAACUACUCAUAUAGGUCUCUUAAAGGAAAAUCAUGCCCCUAACAUUUGGGAUGCUUCCUGCCAGCGAUCACAGUUUGACACCCUUCAGUUGUACAGUUUGAAUGAUAUCCGAUGUGCAAUUUUGCCAGACAAAGAGAAUUGCACAAAAAUUGAGCUUGUGUUUUCUAGAAGGAGCAAGGUUGGAUCUGAUUCAGGAACUGCAUUUUCUAAGUACUGUGAAAAAGAAAUAAAUACUCAACUGACACUCAUCCCAUCAAUUCUUCAAAGCAGUUUGCAUAUCCCUUCGGAAAUCUGGAAAUUAACAUUCAGUUCAAGUGAAGAAGCCAUUUGGCUAAUUAUGCAUCUGACUAGGUGUUGAAAUCCAAAUACAUUUAGAUACAUUCAAAAUAAGAGGGUAAUGAAUAUUGAUAAAAUCCUUUUUUGUUUCCUUUUUUUUCAAUCAAUAGACAAAAGGGACCUUUGAGCCUCUAAAGGAAUGCCAUAGACUGUGUACACACAUCCUAGCAAUAAUAAUUAUUACUUGAGUGCUUGCUUUUUGUGGGUCUCUGCUAUCCUGUACAUACAUUUCCUUUGGAAAGUGAGGAAAUUAAAUAUUUCUAUGUUAUGUGGUAGGUGGAUGAAAACUAUAAUUGCAGCUCUGCCUUCUGAUUUCCAUUUUGGCUGUGUUUUCUGGCUUCUUCCAUCUACUAUCUGUCUUCAUUAAUGUCUUCUCCAUUCCUCCUCGAUUGCCUUUUCCUUAAUUUUUCUGAGUAUCUGUUUUUCAUGCUCCUCAUUUAUUUCAUGCCCUUGAUCUCAAUCAAUAUUUCAAAACAUCUGCAAAUUUUUUUAUCUUACAUUUCACUGUGUGCUCUUAAUACUACAGAUAUUUACAGCUUUUAUACAUGCAAUUUUGAGAAGAAUAGAUUUGACAGUUCUCUCCUGCUUCAGAGUUUUGCAUUUAAGGUUGAUUGCACUUGCACAUCAAAGUUUGUCACAAGUGCAAAAAGAGCUGUGCUUUAAAUAGCAUUUCAACCUUUGGUCAUGCUACUGUACCUAUGGCAAGAAAUGUUUUGGGGUCUGUCAUCUGUGUAUGUGUUUCUCAUGCUGUAAAUGGAUAGCUGACAGCUGGGGAUACAGCCUGACAGUUGGAGUGAGUUUAACUCUAGAGUUCUGUCCGUGCUUAGCCUUACUUUCACCUUUUUCUGCCUGCUUACUAGUGGGGUUGUUGAUGCUGUGAGAUUGCAUCUCUUACAGUCUCUUUAAUGCUACAUGCCAAGAAAGAAGGAAACUAUUGAACAUUAGUAAAAGAUUUCCAUUAGUGAAGGCUUAGUACAAGGUUAUGUUUUACCUGUUACCCUGUCAGAUGUUCAAAUGAUAAAUAAGCUGUGUUGUCUCCCAUCUUUUGUUUCUUUCCAUGUAAAGGGAGCUGAAUACCUUUUGAAUCCUGUUGCUUGAAUGUACCAUCUGCCUCAUUUGAGGAAGAUGGUUCUUGGCAGAAAAAACAGUGGUAUCUAAUCUGAAAUUCUAAAUUCUGUAAGCAUAUUGCCAGCAGAGGUGCAAUCUUCCACUAGACAGAGUUAGACUUCGGUCUCUCUGAUGGUAUAAGAACAUUUCCCAUUUGUUUUUACCAUAUGUUAAGACAUGAUAACGUAGCUCAUAUGGGAUUUAAAAAGAAAUAGCUUGCACUGGAUGAGGAAGUUAUGUCUGGAAGGAUGAACGCUGGUUUGGAUAGAGAAUUAUGGGGUUUUUUUACAUUACAAAACUUGCUACUUCCUUAAGGAAGUCCAGAGAUAAGCAAAAUAUGUCACAUUAUUUUGAGGUACAGUGAGGGGGAGUUAGCAAAGAAAGUGCACACGAAUAUCUCACGAAAUGUGGAGUAGAUGGAGCAGUAUCAGUCCUGCUCAGGAGUGGCUCCCUCAGUGACAUCAGGGAGGCAUUUCUUCUGGCCCUUGCCCAAAGUCAACACUGAGUGGCACUAUCUGGGAGGACUGUCUUGAUCAAGGCUGUUAAAGGAAAGCAAUUUCUGCAACCGAUUUCUUUUCAGAUUAUACCCCAAAGUUAAGUGUUUGUGCAUAUUGUGUUUCCCAAUAAUGUGUUUUUCCUCUGUUGUGCUUGUUUUCAAAUCCAACUCAGUGAAUAUUCUGCACUUUUAUGAAAAAGAACAACUUCACAGCAAUAUCUUUUAUUCUGCUGUAAAGUAAACAUAACAUAAUGAUCAUUGUUUAUGAAUAUCAAAAGCAUUAUUUAAUGCAUUAGGGUGUAUUUUCCACAACACUUUGUGUUUGAAAUUGUUUUCCUCUCUGUUAUUACCGUUUGUAAUAGUUCUCUGGAAAUGACUGCCAAUAAAUUAUGUGUUGACAGAGGUGGCUUUAA